AUGGAUUCCUUCCAGCCGCACCUCCGCUGCCUCCCCCAGACCCUCCUCUUCCUCGUCCUCCUCGUCGCCUCCAACCUCCUCACCUUCUACUACUUCUCCUCAUCCCCUCCAACUCCUUCCCCCUCCCAAUUACCCUCCCCAGCGGCGCCGCUGCUCUCCGAGCGGGUCGCUGCCGCCCAUCUCCCGCAAGAGUUGACGGCUUUCACGUCCCCGCAGCCCCUGCCCUUCGGCCGCAACCCCAACCUCGACUCCGACGUCCUCCGGCCCCCCGUCGGCCACCCCUGCCUGCUCUUCCCGGACCAGCUGUCGGCUUCUCUUACUUACCUCAACCGCUGCCUGCCGGACGUACGAGCUGACGUUCGCUCAGAGCUACCUCCUCUCGGGGGCUGCGAGCCGCUCCCCAGGCGCCGCUGCCGCCCGCAGCCCCCGCCGACCGCCCGCCCACCCUUCCCGACCUUAUGGUCCUCCUCCUCGCCCGACCGCAGCGUCUCUGACCGCCUACUCCUUGUGACUGCAUCGACGAACCCGUUGGACUUCGCCAUCGACGAAGUCCUGGCGGCGGCGUCCCCGCCCGGGUCGAUCCGCAUCGGGCUCGACAUCGGCGGCGGCUCCGGGACCUUCGCGGUGCGGAUGCGGGAGCGCAACGUGACCGUGGUGGCCACCACCAUGAACCUCAACGGCCCCUUCUCCAACUUCAUCGCGGCGCGCGGCAUCGUCCCGCUGUACAUCAGCAUCUCGCAGCGCCUCCCCUUCUUCGACAACACCCUCGACAUCGUCCACUCCAUGCACGUGCUCAGCAACUGGAUACCCACCACGCUGCUCCACUUCAUCGUCUUCGACAUUUACCGUGUUUUGAGGCCAGGUGGUGUGUUCUGGUUGGACCAUUUCUUCUUCGUGGAGGGGCAAAUGGAGGAGUAUGUGGGAGUGAUCGAGAGCGUGGGGUUUAAGAAGUUAAAGUGGGAGGUGGGGAGGAAGCUCGACAGGGGUCCGGAGCUGAAGGAGAUGUACAUCUCGGCGCUGCUCGAGAAGCCGUUGAAGAAUUCCUGGUAG